UUAACUGGUAUCCAGCUUAUCAGCGCGUGUGAUAAGAAAGCUCGCAACCCGCGAAAUGUUGCUCAACAAUAAGCUCUUGUUAGCCGGCAGCAACAUAAACAAAGAACAGCUGUUGGUUAGCCGGCUAACUGAAAAUGAAAAUGUGGGGUGAAAUCAGGCAGGUCACUUGUCGUGUGCCUUCGUGUUGCCAUCGUCGGCGCAGCAGCAACAGCGGCAGCAGCAACACUGGCCGCAGCAACAUCAGAAGCCGCAGCAGCAGCAGCCCAAACAGGAAAAUCCGCACGACGAUGCCACACACAGAAAUUCAGUUCAAUGCGAAAUUUUGUUUGAACCAGACGCGAAAUCUGUUAACGCGCCGCGUGGCAAAAAUCGCGUUGGCGAGUGCGUAAAAAUUGUCAACAACGAAAGGAGCUCAAAAUAAAACUGAACUGUUUUAAAAUAAUUAAAAAAAAAAAUAUUCUACAAAAUUAUAUGAAAAAUACAUAAAACCAAAAACAAAUACCCAAACGUGUAACAAUUAGUUUUGCAUAGAAAUCAAGUCAACGCGUGUGUGGAUCUCGAGAUACUCGCUUGUAAGACAAGAUUGUCCGGCUAAACGAAGCUCAUCGAAGUCAAUCGCCUGCAGUGAAAUCGCUGGCCAAUUGACAGUGCCGCUUGUUUAACACAUUUCUUAACACCGAACCCAGGUUGCAAUUUGAAUUCAAAGUGUAAUUUCAAUUUCCAUUUCGAGUGCACAAUAUUCAAUUGGAAUUGCAAUUGCAAUUGCAAUUUAUGCCACGGCAAGUAGUUUGAGCGAUGCCAGACUGAGGCGCAAUCAUGCUGCACUUAAGGCUAUUCGAUAGCUCACUCUACUACACGCUGGCCUCCGCCUCCGAAUCCUCGGGGCUGGCGUCCUCCACCUCCACGGAAAGGUCGUUCAAUGGCACCCAGGGGGCGGGGGGCGUGGCCGUGGGCGGCGAGUCCCUAACGCCCAGCGACGUGGCGGCAGUUAAUCUGACAUAUUUCACACCUGCGAUAUCACACGUGAUGCUGGCGCCAACAACGAUAGCAACCACGACAGCCUCGGCCACAAUGGUCCAGAUCCAGACGACAGCGGCGCCAAGUCACGACUUGGAGACGGGCGGCAACUCCACAUCCAGCGACCCCGGCGAAUUUGACAAUUUAAAUUCGUUCUACUUUUAUGAGACCGAGCAGUUUGCGGUGCUCUGGAUCCUGUUCACCGUCAUCGUCCUGGGCAAUUCUGCCGUUCUGUUCGUGAUGUUCAUCAACAAGAAUCGCAAGUCGCGGAUGAACUACUUCAUCAAACAGCUGGCAUUGGCAGAUCUGUGCGUGGGAUUGCUCAACGUCCUCACCGACAUCAUAUGGCGCAUCACGAUUUCGUGGCGGGCGGGCAACCUGGCCUGCAAGGCCAUCCGCUUCUCGCAGGUCUGCGUCACAUACUCGUCCACCUACGUGCUGGUGGCCAUGAGCAUCGACAGAUACGAUGCCAUCACACACCCCAUGAACUUCUCAAAGUCGUGGAAAAGAGCACGUCACCUGGUGGCUGGCGCGUGGCUCAUCUCGGCGUUGUUUUCGCUUCCCAUCCUGGUUUUGUACGAGGAGAAGCUCAUUCAAGGACAUCCGCAAUGCUGGAUUGAGUUGGGCUCACCGAUCGCCUGGCAGGUGUACAUGAGCCUGGUGUCGGCCACUCUGUUUGCCAUUCCUGCGCUGAUCAUAUCCGCCUGCUAUGCGAUCAUCGUAAAGACGAUUUGGGCAAAGGGUUCCAUUUUUGUACCCACGGAACGUGCUGGUUUUGGAGCCGCACCUGCCAGGAGGGCCAGCUCUAGGGGCAUUAUUCCACGGGCAAAGGUCAAAACGGUCAAGAUGACAUUGACCAUCGUGUUUGUGUUUAUCAUCUGCUGGUCGCCAUACAUCAUCUUCGAUCUGCUGCAGGUCUUUGGCCAGAUUCCCCACUCACAGACCAACAUCGCCAUCGCCACAUUCAUCCAAAGUCUGGCACCGCUGAACUCGGCGGCGAAUCCACUGAUCUAUUGCCUCUUUUCAUCGCAGGUCUUUCGCACAUUAAGUCGCUUUCCGCCCUUUAAGUGGUUCACCUGCUGCUGCAAAUCAUACCGCAACAACUCGCAGCAGAACCGCUGCCACACGGUUGGUCGUCGGCUCCACAAUAGCUGUGAUUCGAUGAGGACACUGACCACUUCGUUGACGGUUUCCCGAAGGUCCACCAACAAGACCAACGCCCGUGUGGUCAUCUGCGAACGUCCCACCAAGGUGGUAACCGUACCAGCCAUGUCGGAGGUAUGAUAGCUGGCCCACACCAGCCGGAAAAGAUCCGCGUUCUCGAUUCAUGGUCCCACGUCCUUCAGCGACGCGGAGUUCCUCUAAAUGGGAACAAGGACAUCCUGUGAAUGCACCAGAGGCUUAGACAAUAAGUUCGAUAGUUGUACCAGGCAUGGGUUAAGCCAAAUGUAUGUCUCUAGUCGUAAGUACGCCAAGUCUACGCUACGAAUUUCAAACCUAUUUGUACUUCGCAAUCUAUAAUUAAGAAACCAUUUAUACGGCUUUUAAUUAACUCUAAAAUUAAAAAUCUAAAGUGUCAACAGGGGUCACUGAAUCUUUUCAAGAUUUUUAUUUUUAUUAACUUUUAAAUAAAACACCCAGUAUAAUUUGACUUUCUGGAUAACAUUGAUAAAAAGGUUUUAUAUAUCCACAAAACUUACCUGAAACAUUUAAUUAGGCCUUUCUUGCAAUCAAUUUUAAACUGGAGAAAGUCAUUUAAGUAUAUGGUAAAUUUUUUCAUAAGUCUUUGAAAAACUAUUAAGAUAUUUGUGACAUAACUAAGAAUCUAGGUUUCAAUCCAAUAUUAGCUCGGUUUAGUUAUAUUCUCUUAAACAGACUGAUUUUACUUGUGUGCGGCCAUUUAUCAGAAAUUUAAAAUGCAUUUCUUUCCAGUCCUAACUAGCUAUUAAGGCCAUUUAAAUUCCAACUCAUCCGUGUAUAUAGCCACCCGUAAUGGUGGAUAAACAUGCCCAAGCAUCUUAAACCAAAACCCAUUAAGCAUAAGUAGACCAUAAGAGUUAAUAGAGCAUAACGUUGUAGUCAAUUUGGUUUAAGCUAAUAUUUAUUUCAUAAUUAUGUGUGAAAGCAGAAUAAAGGCAACGACU